CCGGCUCGGCCGCCUGUUCCCACAGCCGUUGAGAGGCGCGUGCUGCCAUGGCGCUGGCCAGGCCUAGGACACGGGGGCCCCUAGCCUCCCUCCUGCUGCUGCUGUUGCUCUGGACCCCUGCCCUUGGCCUGCUGGCUGGAACGGUGCCUACAGAGACCCUGAGUGCCUGUGCCUCGGCCCCCUGCGCUCCAGGGACCCAGUGCCAGGCUACAGAGAGUGGCGGCCACCUCUGCAGGCCCACGGAGCCCGGCGGCUGUGCUGCCCAGCCAUGCCACCACGGCGCUCUGUGUGUGCCCCAGGGUCCAGAUCCCGCCGGCUUCCGCUGCUACUGCGUGCCCGGGUUCCAGGGCCCACGCUGUGAGCUGGACGUCGACGAGUGUGCGUCCCGGCCCUGCCGCCACGGGGCCACCUGCCACAACCUGGCCGAUCGCUUCGAGUGCCACUGCCCCCUGGGCUACGCAGGCGCGACGUGCGAGGAGGAGGUGGACGAGUGCGCCUCGGCGCCCUGCCUGCACGGGGGCUCGUGCCUGGACGGCGUGGGCUCCUACCGCUGCGUGUGCGCCCCGGGCUACGGCGGCGCCAGCUGCCAGCGCGACCUGGACGAGUGCCAGAGCCAGCCCUGCGCGCACGGGGGCGCGUGCCACGACCUGGUCAACGGCUUCCGGUGCGACUGCGCGGACACGGGCUACGAGGGCGCGCGCUGCGAGCUGGAGGUGCUGGAGUGCGCGUCGGCGCCCUGCGCGCACAACGCCACCUGCCUCGAGGGCCUCGGGAGCUUCCGCUGCCUGUGCUGGCCAGGCUACAGCGGCGCGCGCUGCGAGGUGGACCAGGACGAGUGCGCCGCGGGCCCCUGCCAGCACGGGGGCCAGUGCCUGCAGCGCUCCGACCCGGCCCUGUAUGAGGGCGUCCAGGCCGCCUUCCCGGGCCCCUUCAGUUUCCGGCACGCCGCGGGCUACCUGUGCCGCUGCCCUCCAGGCUUCGAGGGGGCCGACUGCCACGUGGAUGUGGACGAGUGCGCCUCACGGCCAUGUGUCAACGGAGGCCACUGCCAGGACCUGCCCAACGGCUUCCGGUGCCACUGCCCAGAUGGAUAUACAGGCCUGACGUGUCAGGAAGACGUGGACGAGUGCCUGUCGGAGCCCUGCCUCCAUGGCGGGGCCUGUGAGGACACCGUGGCGGGCUACAGCUGCUGGUGCCUGGAGGCCUGGGGCGGCCACGACUGUUCCGUGCAGCUCAGUGGUUGUCAGGGCCACACUUGCCCCCUGGCUGCCACCUGUGUCCCCACCUUUGAGUCCGGGGUCCAUGGUUACACCUGCCGCUGCCCACCUGGCACCCACGGGCCUCUGUGUGACCAGAACACCACCUUCUCCGUGGUGGCUGGGAGUCCCGUGCAGGCACCGGUGCCAUCUGGUGGCCCCCUGGGUUUGGCAUUAAGGUUUCGCACCACCCUUCCUGAUGGGGCCCUGGCUGCUCGCACUGACCCCCUGAACAGCUUGGAGCUGGCUCUGGCGGGAGCCACGCUCCAAGCCACACUCCGGAGCCACAGCAGCAGCACGAUCACCCUGCGGCUGCCGGGCCCGGCCCUAAGUGACGGCCACUGGUACCGCGUGGAGGCGGCUCUCCGCCUGGGGGUCCUGGAGCUGCGGCUCUGGCACGAGGGCUGCCCAGCCCGGGUCUGUGUGGCCUCCAGCCCCGUGGCCCCGGCUCCUACAGCUUCCGUGGCCCCAAAGCCAGCCGGGCCCUGCGUGGCCCAGCUGGGCGACGCGGCCUUUGCAGGCUGCUUCCAGGACGUGCAUGUGGACGGCCACCCGCUGCUGCCCGGGGACCUCGGCGGGAACGUCCUCCUGGGCUGUGAGCGCCGUGAGCAGUGCCAGCCUCUGCCUUGUGCCCACGGCGGGGUCUGCAAGGACCUGUGGACUCACUUCCAGUGCGACUGCCCCCGGCCCUAUCUCGGCCCCACGUGCGCUGAUGAGGUUCCUGCUGCCACCUUUGGCUGGGGGGGCACCCCGAGCUCUGCCUCCUUCCGGCUCCACCACCUGCCAGGCCCCAACCUCACCCUGUCCUUCUUCCUCCGCACCCGGGAACCUGCCGGCCUGCUGCUUCAGCUGACCAACGAGCCUGCAGCUCUUCUGACGGUGUUCCUGAGGGAGGGCCAGGUCCGGGCCGAGGCGCCAGGCAGUCCUGCUCUGGUGCUCCCUGGACGCUGGGAUGACGGGCUUCGCCACCUGGUGACACUCAGCUUCCAGCCUGAUCAGCUGCAGGGCUUGGGGUGGCAGGUGCACGUGGCGGGGAGGCCGCUCCCCGCGGAUGCCCAGCCCUGGGGCCCUUUCCGCGGCUGCCUCCAGGACCUGCGACUCAGCGGCCUCCACAUCCCCUUCUUCCCGCUGCCGCCGGGGAACUCAAGCCGGCCUAGCGCGCUGGGCAGCUGGCGCUCCUGGAACCUCACCGCGGGCUGCGUCUCCGAGGACAUGUGCAGUCCUGACCCCUGUCUCAACGGUGGGACUUGCCUCGUCACCUGGAAUGACUUCCACUGCACCUGCCCGGCCAACCUCACCGGGCCCACGUGUGCCCAGCAGCUGUGGUGCCCUGGGCAACCCUGCCUGCCGCCUGCCACCUGCGAGGAGGUUCCCGAUGGCUUUGUCUGUGUGGCCGAGGCCACUUUCCACGAGGGCCCCCCGGCCGAAUUCAGCGGUCCCAACGCGUCAUCGGGGCGCCCCCUCAGCGGCCUCUCCAUCGCCUUCCGCACGCGCGACCCCGAGGCCGGGCUGCUGCGCGCCACGGCGGGGGCCCACGCGGCCGUGUGGCUGGCCGUGCGCCGCGGCUCCCUGGCCGCGGGCGUGCGCAGUGGCCCCGGCCUGCCGGGCGCGGUGCUGCCGGCGCCCGGGCCGCGCGUGGCCGAUGGCGCCUGGCACCGCGUGCGCCUCGCCCUGGAGCGCCCCGCGGCCGGGGGCGCGCGCUGGCUGCUGUGGCUGGACGGGGCGGCCGCGCCGGCGGCGCUGCGCGGGCAGGCGGGCGACCUGGGCUUCCUGCGCGGCCCGGGCGCCCGCGUGCUGCUGGCCGAGAACUUCACGGGCUGCCUGGGCCGCGUGGCGCUCGGCGGCCUCCCGCUGCCCCUGGCGCGCCCGCGGCCCGGCGUCCCCGCGGGGGCCGCGGAGCCCUUCUCGGCCCGGCCGGGAGCGGCGGCCCCGCGCCUGGGCUGCCGCGGCGCCCCGGUGUGCGCGCCCUCGCCCUGCCUGCACGGCGGCGCCUGCCGCGACCUCUUCGACGCCUUCGCCUGCGCCUGCGGCCCGGGCUGGGAGGGGCGGCGCUGCGAGGCCCGCGCCGACCCCUGUCGCUCCGCGCCCUGCGCCCGCGGCCGCUGCCACGCGCGCCCCGACGGCCGCUUCGAAUGCCGCUGCCCGCCGGGCUUCGCGGGCCCGCGCUGCAGGUUGCCCGUCCUGCCAGGGGAGUGCGGCCAGAACCUCACCUGCCUCAACGGUGGCCCCUGCGAGGGUGUCAACUGCACCUGCCUGGAGGGCUCUGCUGGGCAGAGGUGCCAGGUCCCCUGUGAAGCCAACCCCUGCUUGAACGGGGGCACCUGCCGGGCAGCCCGCGGGGUGUCUGAAUGUAUCUGCAGCGCCAGGUUCUCGGGCCAGUUCUGCGAAGUGGUGAAGGGCCUGCCGCUGCCGCUGCCGUUCCCGCUGCUGGAGGUGGCGGUGCCCGCAGCCUGCGCCUGCCUCCUCCUGCUCCUCCUGGGCCUCCUCUCAGGCAUCCUGGCUGCCCGAAAGCGCCGCCAGUCAGAGGGCACUUACAGUCCGAGCCAGCAGGAGGUGGCCGGGGCCCGGCUGGAGAUGGACAGUGUCCUCAAGGUGCCGCCCGAGGAGAGACUCAUCUAGGCUCGCCUGGCUGCCGGCCCCGUCACCCACGAGGGCCCGCACCCUUCCACCUGGAGACCCAAGAGGCCGCCUCGGGGCCUCUGGGAGGUGGCGCCCCUCUUCCAGACCGUGGGGCGGGGGCACUGCAGGACUCAGGAUUUCCUCUGGGGAAGUAUCCCCAUUGCUGGCAGCCCCUGCCUCUGCCCCAACGUGGACAGAAAGGGGAACACUCAGGGAAGCAGGGACCUGGCCGAUGGAGACAUCGCCACGUGACCUGCCAGGUCUUGCCUACAGCUGGCACACCCAGGAGCUCGUGCACCAUGGGCCUGGGGCCUGCUGAUCUGCAGAUACACGUGAAUGUUCUGGACAGAACUCAAGGGCGAGGCCACGUCUUUGCUGUGAGGGCAUGUGACCUCCUACUGGGUGCUGCGAUCCCAUGUUGGGGCAGCUGCCCUGUGGGGACAACCCUCACAGGGUUUCCCCAAGUAGCAUGUGCUCCAGGAGACCAGGCCAGGGCUGGCCCAAGGCCCAGGCCCCUGGCCCUUCUCCCAACAGUCAGAGGGAAAUCAGGGGAGGCCCUUAGCCUGAGGCCAGUGGGCUUCUGGAUCUCAGAACAAAUGCUCCUUUAGGCAGGUAUGUCUGCCCUGCGCCCAAGCUGGUGCCCAGGCUGACCUGCUUGCUGGGGCAGUGGACCUGAGCUGGCUCUCCUCACCCGCCCUGGGGUCGUCUGCAGGGCUCCCUGCAGCCGCCUCUCUCAGCACCUGUCAUUUGCAGAACGGGGACAGCAGCCCUGCCUACCUCAUGGGGCCCUUGUGAGGCUUGGUGGGCUGCACAGAGUGAGGGGGCUGUGUUGUGCCCAGCUGUCUGCUGUUCCUUGAGGGUGCGGGGCGGGGCUGUCUCCUCUAGCCAGAGGGCAGGAGGGGAAGGCAUCUCCCUGUGGGCGCACACGAGGCCGGAGGGCAGCAUGAGGAUGAAGGCCAGCCCUCCUGCCCCCUCCCCCACUCCCUGGUCCCCAGCUCCAAAGUGGCCUGGUGAGGGCACUCCCUCCCCCUCUGCCCCCCAACCAGUCACCUCUAUAUGGGUGUUGAGGUUUGGACUGGACUCCCAGAGGCCCUCGGAGUUGGCGGCCCCUGUGUGUCGGGGCUGGUCCUGCAGGCCGACACAAAAGGGGAGGAAUUUGCUGCUCUGCUUCCAGCGCCUUCCCUGGAGACGCCAUCACACUGUGAUCUCUGACCCCAGAGGGGCACCUGCCUGCCUCCUGUGAGCUCCACGGGGCCCUCUGUCCCUGGCCCGGGGAGGUGGCCUUCCGUCCCUGUGCCAAGGCCAAGGGGCCCUUUCCACUCGGCAGUUGGUGGGUGACUUGCUCAGCGCCCGUUCAGGAUCUGAAACAGAGGCGGGGAGGGGGUGGCAAGGAAGCUGAGUGCUAGGCUAAGGGCUUGCUGGGGCUUUAUCCUGUAGGAGGGGCCACCUGUCCCCCAAUUCCCUCCAGAACUCCCAGGAAAGUGGGGAGGACACAUCCAUCUGGCACAACUGGGCCGCGGCUGGCUCCUUGGUCAGUUUAUUAAAUCAGAGAUUCCACAGACCCGUGUUCGCUGCAGACUCCUACGACAUUUUCUGUGGAAUCCUGACGUAAAUAAAAGCUGAGCUCCUCUGGGGAGCCCCAUGUCAGCCUCCUCUCCCUUGCUCCUGAGGGUUCUGGGCCUCUGUCAUUGCAGGGCAGCCAGUGGGCGGGGGCUAGGUGUGUUUAAUGCCCAGCUGGGUGCUUGGUCAAGAUCUGCCCCAACACAAGUGCCAAAGGAGGGGCAGCUUCUGAGGCGACGUCCUGGCCAGUGAGGUCCGUGGGGGCGAAUCGCCACUUGUCCCCUUGAACUUGCUCAUCUGGAGCCUGGGCACUCAACACCAUCGCUGACCCGCAGCCCCGCUCGUGGACCCCACAGGCCUGUGUGUGCAGGCGAUGAGCCCCCUCCCCUGCCUGUGCGGGAAGGGGCUGAGCUGGGCGCUGAGCCCUGAUUGGAACGGCCUGAAGAUGGCUGAGGUCUCGCCUCCCUGCAGGGCUUCCUCAAGGACACAGGGCUCCUCGCCGUCUCCCCAAGACUCUAUUGAACGCGCACACACAAUUCAUCCUCGGAUUUGCAAACUCAAUCCAGCAGUGAAGAGACGGCGGUGGCCAUGUGAGCCUGGAGUGCUAGUCACCAGCCCAGCGCAGCCAGCCACCCCAUGGGCUCUGCUUCCCGGGGCCCCCCAGCACCUGUCUCAUACCCUGCCUGCGCUGUCCCAUGCCCCCGGGACUCAGGGGUCUGCUCAGGAUGGGUGUGGGGGGUUGGAAUCUGCUGAAACACCUGGUGUCCUGGAGGCACCCAAUGACCCAGAGGAGACGCGGCUCUCCUAGCAGCCAGAGGGCGCGCGCCGGGAUUUGGAGAGACUUGCCCCAGGGGCGGUGACUGGCCGGGGAGGGGGCCGUGUGCUGGAGCAGCUCACAGCCCAGUCAGACAAACCCCUGGCCAGACCUCGCAGGGCUCCCCGGACACUGACAAGGAUCCCUGGGGUUCGGAGGGCCCCACAGUGAACCCCUUCCCCGUUAGACACAAAUAGGAAAUGAGGAAUCAUGUCCAAAUGCUCACAAUUUCCUGCAUGUCUCAGCUGGCUGUUUUCUUAAAUGGCAGGGCCAUAUUUUAACUUGCUUUAUUGAAACGAGUCAAUUUCAAGAUUCAUCAAAUCAAUAAAGUAAAAAGGAAAAGAUAAA